AUGGAUUUAAAAGAUAAUAUAAAUACAGGCACAUUAGCUGAUACUAGCAACGAAAGACAGGAAACUAUAGUAGAAAAUGACACAAAUAAUGAACAACGAAACAAUGUAGAAGAAAAUAAAGAUCAAACAAAUGAAGACAAUGUAAAACAAGACAUUGUAGAAGAAAAUAAAGACCAAACAAAUGAAGACAGUGUAAAACGAGACAUUGUAGAAGAAAAUAAAGACCAAACAAAUGAAGACAGUGUAAAACGAGACAUUGUAGAAGAAAAUAAAGACCAACAAAAUGAAGACAAUGUAAAACGAGACAUUGUAGAAGAGAAAAACACCAGUACAACAAUAAAUCCAAACUCUGUACAUGUUACUAAUGAUGUUGAAAAGGAUGAUUGUAAAAAUAUACAUUUAAAUUUUACGGAUAAAAAUAGUUCAAAUACUCAAAAUUCUGCAAAUUUAAAUCCAAUUGAAAAACCACAAGAAACUUCUGAUAGUAGUAAACAUGAAGAUAAUUUAGAUAAAGAAAAUAAAUCUAUAUCACUUGAAAUAGAAAAAGAGAAAAAUAAUCUUCAAAAUUAUGAAAAUAGCAGCAUGGGAAAUCCCUCUUUAAGUGUAACAAAUAAAAUUAACCCUGAAAAAAAAAAAAAUUCAUAUGUAAAUACUGGCCCAUUAUACAUUGAAGUGAAAGGGCUUUUAGAGGUUCUUAAUGCACAAGAUUUUGCAAAUAAUAUAAAAAGCAACAACUUUGAAGAAAAAGGGAAAUCUCCAUUUCUUAGCAAGCGUUCGACCAGUGUUCCAAAUAAAAUUGUUCCAAAAAGUUUUAUUCUAAAUAAAGUAAUUCCUAAAAUUAUUCAUAAAGACAUAAAUAAACAAAAUAAUAAAAGUAAAGCAUAUAUUCCAAAAAAUGUAGAAAUACCCAAAACCAAAAAUAUACCUAAACCACCUUUGUUAACGAAAUCAUACUUAAAUCCGUCGAACACAUUGAACAAAAGUGAGAUGAAUAACAAAAUGCCAGAUUCUAACAAACCUAAAGGAGUUUUUAGAAAUAUACCAAAAAAAAGUAAGCCAUCAAUCGAAUCAAAAAUAAAACCGAAAGAAACGUUUAAAACGAAUUUUACACCUUUAAAAGAAAUUAAUAAUGAAAAUGAAAAUAUAGAAAACCCCAAAACCGAAAAAGCUGUUUUCAAAUUUGUUCAUAAAGUGUUACCUACAUUAAUUAAAGAAAAACAUGUUAAAUCUAAAGCGCCUCCUAAAAGUGAUAUAAAAAAUACAAUAGAAAAUUUAAAAAAAAGUUCAGAAAUAAAAAAUGUAAAACAAAAUUUAAAUUUGAAAAAAAAUAUUAAUGAUAUACGUAAACCCCCAUUAAUCACUAAAAAAAAAAUUACACAAAAACCUAAUGUUAUACAUAAAAAUACAUCUUUAAAGCCUGAACUUGUUAAAAAAUCCAAGCCAUUGUUAGACACGAAAAAAAAUAUUGUAAAAAAACCAGUUUCAAAAUUGAUAAGUGAAAUUAAACCGAAAGAAAAGCCACAAAAAAAGAAAAUAGUACUUAAGAGUGCAUCGGAUAAUAAAGAGCCAGUUCUUGACACUUCAGUAGAAAGUAGCAAUCUCAAAUUAAAGGAUGACGUAACUAUAGAUAAAGCAGAAACUGAAGGAGACAAAGAGAAAAGAGAAAUAAAUAUAACUGACAAGAAAGAUCAAACUGAAACAGAAAAUAAAAAAACGUCGGUAUUAAACGAGAAUGAAACUACAGAAAAUGAUGCUAUAAAUGUAAAAAAUGUCCCUGAAAAUGACACAAAAAUUGAUAAUAAUGAUAAUACGGAAAUAAAAAACGAUGAAAAGGCUGAUAUUUUAUCUAAUGAUGCAAAAGUAGAAGAAACUUCGAAUGGUCCUUCCUAUAUAAAAGAGGAAAAAGUCAUCGAAAUAGCAGGUGAUAUUCCUGUCAUAAAAGAGGAAAAUAUAGAUGAAACGUUGGAUGAUAUUGCAGAUAUGAAAGCAGAACAUGCUGAUGAAACUUUGGAAGACAAUUUAGGAAUAAAAUUAGAACAAGUUGAAAAGAUUUCGAAUGAUGCUUCAGAUAUAAAAGUAGAAAAAACUGAUGAUAUUAUGAAGGAUUCUAAAGAUGUGAAAGAGGAAACUUUAGAGGAUGCGGACAAUGCUACAAAUUUAAAUGUGGAAAAGGUAGAAACUGUAGAAAAUGUAAAUAUAUCUAACAUGGAAAAAGGAGAGGAAAAAAAGAAUAUUAAAGAAGACCAAAAACUUGAUAGUAAAAAGAAAGAAUCAGUAAGCAAUCUUAAAGAAAUAAAAAUAAAAAAAAAAACAGAUUUAAAAAAAGGUGUUGACCAAAAAAUGAAUAAAAGAACUCCAAAAAAGAAUGAUCAAAUAUUAUCAAAAAAUGAAAAUGCUAUAUCUUCACUGAGCUUAAAACAAAAAUCGAUACCAUUUAACGUAAAACAAAAAACGACACCACUUACAGUAAAACAAAAAACGACACCAUUUACAGUAAAACCAAAAGCGGCGCCAUUUACCGUAAAACAAAAAGCAGCACCGUUUAGCAUAAAACAAAGUAUGAAAUCAGACUUAGUUUUAAAAGGGAAAAAUAGUAUGAAAAGUUCACCAAACGUUUUGAAAUUAAAAGCAGAUAUUAAUGUGAAUUCAAAAGACAAAAAAGAUUUAAAACCUGAAAAAAUUAAUGAUUUAGACAAAAAUAAUGUUAGUAAUAAAACAGUCUCUACCCCACUAAGAAAAAGUGUAGUACCUAUGAAAAAGGCCAGUGGGGUAAAAAAGAUGUCAUUAAGCAAAAACUUUAUUAAAGGUUUCGACUUGGAGAAAAGAGUAUUAAAAAAAAUUAACAGAUCAAAUAGUGAUAAGAAUAUGAAAAAGAAAUCACAAGAUGAUAUCCUUUACAAUAAAAGUAAUUCUAAAAGGGUUUCAUCUGCAUCUUUAAAAAAUGCAAUGUCUAUUAUAAAAAAAAAAGAAUUAGGUAAAUCAAAAUCUGAUAAUAUUAAUGAAAUAAUAUUAAAUAAGAGUAAGACUACAUUAUCUUCGAAAUCUGAGAGCAAUGCUCAUAAUACAUUAGAAAAAGAGGAUACUAUUAUGAAAAAAUUGGAUUCUAAAGAAAGCAAAUUAUUUAAUAAAAAGAAAUCAUCGAGCUCAAAAAUAUUAAAAUUGAAUGGAAAGGCAAGUAUGACAUCUUAUAUAAGUAAAUCUAAUUUGAUUAAUAACAAUGAUAACAUAAAUAAAAAUUCAGCUUUAGAAAAAAAUGAAGCAUCAUCGUCUAAGGGUAUUUCUGAAUUAGAAAAAAUAAACAAACCUUUAAAAAAAUCUAAAUCAUUAAAAAGGCAAAAAUCAAAGGUAAAUAAAAAGAUAAAUAUGAGUGAAGACAUGUCAAAUGGUGAAGAGAAAGUUAUGACGAAAACCCCAAAAUUAACUAACUCCAAAAAGAUGAAAACAGUGCCCUCACAAAUAAAAAUGGAUAAAAAAAUAAAAAAAAUAAAAUCAGACACAGCACAAAAAGGAACAAGUAAUAAUAUAAUUAAAAUGAAAGAGAAAAAGGGUUCAAAAAAAAAUAAAACAAAUGAUAGUGGAAUGAAUGUUUUUUCAGGAGGAGUUAACGCAAUGUUAAAUAAAGAAUUAGACAAAAUAAAGCCUUUAAAAGAUAAAUGGAAAACUAAUUAUGUAACCCCAAGAAUUGGACGAGAUGACAUAGUAGAUAGUUUUGAUAUAAAAUCACAAAUGAUCAAUUCAGAUUAUUCUAAUAAUAAUAAUAAUAAUAAUUCCAAUUCUGGUGCUCGUUCAUCAUCUCAAUCUAUAUCAUCCAAAAAAAUUUCAAAAAAUAAGAACAUUGAUAAAAUAAGCAAAAUUAAUAGAAAUAUAAAUAAUGAAAACAACUCAUAUAAUCAAUCACAGAAUUUAAUGAACAAAACAGAACAUAAUAGUUUAACAAAAAUAGACAUUCCAGCAGCAUUAUCUUCAUCUGUGAAUAAAAAUUGCAUACCUUUAGAUGACGAAAGGAGAUAUCGAAGUGUAGGAAAUAUUGAAUUUUUGAACUUAAGAAAAUCACCAUCAUUAAAUAUGAAUAAAAUGAAAUCAGAUAACGCACUAAGAAAUUUAUCUUUUCAUGUAAAACUAGAACAACCUAAAGAAAUUAAAGUAAAAGGUACUCCUAAUUUGUAUUUAAAUAAAUUAUAUUCUACAAAUUCAGUAGCAGAAAACCUGAAUGAAAGCAAAAAAUGUAAUUAUAAUUGUAUGUUUGAUAGAUGUUAUCCUACAAAUAAUAAUACAAAUUCUUGUGGAAGGAAGGAACCUACGAUUCAAAACUUUAGUUCAUUAUUCAAUGUAAAUAAUAAAUAUAUACAAUAUAAUACGAACCCAGGAAUUAGAGUUAUGUCCCAUAAUAGUCCAAUGAAAAUGUCUAGUAUAUAUGAAUCUGAAUUAUUUCCGAAGAAAUUUACUAACGAAUUUAAUGGUCAAAUGGGCGAGCAUAUUAGUAGACGAUUUAGUACGCAAGUGGGAGUACCAACAAGUAGACAAUUCAGUAAUCAAUUAAGUAGUCAAUACAGUAAGCAAUCCAUUGGAAAUAUGAGCAGAUAUAUGAGUAAUCAAAUACCAGAAAAGAAGAAUAACCUAAAUCAGUUUCCUUUGAGUGGACAAAUUAAUUCAAAAUCAUAUUUUAACAAAUCGUUUUCAAAUAAUGGCUCUCUUAAAAUUCAAAAAAACCAAACAUGUGGUACAACAAUGAAUUAUUGCAGUUGUAUUUAA